UUUCUCUCCAAUAUCAUCACUCACACACCAAACCAAACUAAGAGUAUUAGCAACUCUCAAAGUCAUCAACCUCCUAAUUAUUCCAAAUGGCUUCCAAUCUUGCUAUUCUCCUAGCCCUCAACCUCAUUUUUUUCACCGUUGUAACAGCCAAUUAUGUUCCAUGUCCUCCACCACCCCCAAAAGGUCACCACCACCACCACCACUCGCAUCCACCUUCCACAAAUUAUCCAACAUGUCCUAGAGACACAAUUAAGUUUGGUGUGUGUGCUGAUGUAUUAGGUUUGAUUAACGUUGAACUUGGUAAGCCACCAAAGACACCAUGUUGUUCUCUCAUUGAUGGUCUUGCUAAUCUUGAAGCUGCUGUGUGUCUUUGCACUGCUCUUAAGGCUAAUGUCUUAGGCAUUAACCUUAACCUUCCAAUUAAUUUGAGCUUGGUACUUAACUAUUGUGGAAAGGGAGUUCCAAAGGGGUUCGUUUGUGCUUAAUUAAAUAGACACUACUACCUAAUAAUAUGGUUGUGUUACUAUAUUCGUUAUUUAUUCUUCACAUUGUGUGUGGAUUUUGUACUAUUUGGUAAAUUCUCUCUUUCAUUUGUAUUUUUGCUAAUGAACAUUUCGUUCAUAUUUGAUGAUUAUUAUCAUUAUUAUUGUGAUGGUUGGAUUGAAGCAUGUUUGUCUUCGUUUUCAGCUUCACUAGUGACUAGUAUUUUGUAUAAGUGAAAUUUCUUGUAUUAAUAAAAAUUCUACGUUUAUGCAAA